AUGGCGCUGCGAUACUCUGCGGUCUCAGCAGCCCCCAUACCUCCGGACUCAGUCAUCAUCAUCAACGGCCCCGAACCAGGGUUUACACAAGAGCCCAACAAGAGACAGAAGGAGAGCAAAAAACAGCUCAAAUGGGAAAUAUUAGACGAAAAGAAGAUAAAUCAAGAAAAACAGAUCAAUAUUACCAGCGGUUCUACAAAACACUGA